CCCGCUCCGCCCCGCCCCGGGGGCGCUACUUUCGGAACUGUUGGGGUGCGGCGAGCCGGCUCCCCUGGUCCGGUUGGGGUUGCCGAGGAGCCGCCUCCUCCCGCGAGGGGACCCCGGGGAGGCAGCGCCCGCCUCCGGGUAGGUGCCGCAGCCUCGCAGUGUGUGCAAUCGGGACUCCGGGUCACACACACACACACACGCACGCACGCACACACACCCGCCGCGAAGACGGGGGCCAGGUCGCGCUCCAUUCGAAGACAAGGAUCCUCCUGCAGGAGCACGGCGGCCCACUAGAGCCAGAUCCAGGAUGGCUGGAGAAUCGGCGGAGAGCACAGCCUGGGACGCCAAGUCCGCAGGGAACCACAUGGGGCCUCUGGUGGUGAAGCCGGAAGCGGGAGAGGCCUCUGCCCUUGUGCAGGACGCCAGCCCCCAUCGGGGUCCUGAAGACUCGCGCCGGCGCUUCCGGGGCUUCCGCUACCCUGAGGCCGAGGGGCCCCGCGAGGCGCUGCGCCGGCUCCGCGAGCUGUGCCGCCAGUGGCUGAGCCCGGAUAUACACAGCAAGGAGCAGAUCCUGGAGCUGCUGGUGCUGGAGCAGUUCCUGACCAUCCUGCCCGCCGAGCUCCAGGCCUGGGUGCGGGGACAGCACCCGGAGAGCGGGGACGAGGUGGUGGUGCUCCUGGAGCACUUGCAGAGACAGCUGGAGGCGCCGACACCGCAGGUCCCAGGUGGUGACCAGGGCCAAGAGCUUGUCUGUUGCGAGAUGGCAGCACUGACACCUUCCCGCGGAUCACGGAGUGCCCAGUUCCAGCCGGUGAGGGCUCUGCUCAAGCAUGAAUCUCUGGGAUCACGGGCCUUACCAGGCACAGUUCUCCAGGGUCCUGGGCUUGCCCCGGGAGGGCGCUGCAGAGGAGACGCAGUGGUGGCGGCCAGGCUGCCCCCAGAGCCCCAGGGCUUGCUGAAAACGGAAGACGUGGCCCUGGCUUUCUCCUCUGGCUGGGCGCAGCUGGAUUCCUCUCGGGGGAGCUUCCACGGAGACGAAGGGCGGGAGAACCCCGGCGGCCUGACCUCCCCGGGUGGUGAGACAGAGGCCGAGAUCCGGGCCCUGCCUGUGGACGAGGUCCGGCCAGUACAAGAGUCCGGGGGAAUGCCGCGCCCCCCGCGUGAAGACACUGCCCAGAUUCCUGAAGGCACCGAAGCUGGCGAACAGGAGGGCAGGUUCCCGAGAAAGCAGAAAACUGCCACGGGAAGUAGGAGGCACUACUGUCACGAAUGUGGAAAGAGUUUUGCUCAGAGUUCAGGCCUGACCAAACACAGGAGAAUCCACACCGGGGAGAAACCCUAUGAGUGUGAAGACUGUGGCAAGACCUUCAUCGGGAGCUCUGCCCUCGUCAUCCAUCAGAGAGUCCACACCGGGGAGAAGCCCUACGAGUGUGAGGAGUGUGGCAAGGUGUUCAGUCACAGCUCAAACCUCAUCAAACACCAGAGAACCCACACCGGGGAGAAGCCCUACGAGUGUGAGGAGUGUGGGAAAACCUUCAGCCAGAGUUGCAGCCUCCUUGAACAUCACAAAAUCCACACAGGGGAGAAGCCGUACCAGUGCAACACGUGUGGCAAAGCUUUCAGGCGGAAUUCACAUCUCCUCAGACACCAGAGGAUCCACGGCGAUAAAAACGUGCAGGAUCGUGAAUGUGCAGAGACCCGGGAGGGUCGGGGGAGGGUGGAAAGCCGGUGGGAAAGCGUUGAGGCUCCCGCGUCUUACACAUGUGACGAGUGUGACAGGAGUUUCACUCGGAGUAGAAGCCUUCUCGAACAUCAGAAAAUCCACACCGGUGAGAAACCCUAUCAGUGUGACACAUGUGGGAAAGGCUUCACCCGAACUUCAUACCUUGUUCAACACCGGAGGAGCCAUGUUGGAAAGAAAGUUCUAUCACAGUGA